AUGGGCAAAGACGAAUCGAAAAAGGACAAAAAGUCGAAGCGCAAGUCCGAGGUGGCAGCUAUGGACGUCGACGCCGUUUCCACCGACGUCGAAGCUACACCAUCGAAAAAGGACAAGAAGGAGAAAAAGACGAAAGCCCAAGUUUCAGUCAACGAAGCUGCUGCUGCUGCUGCUGCUGCUGCUUCUGCUGUAUCCGAUGACGAAGAUGGCGAGACGUCGCACGAUAUCUCGCCGAUUGCUCAGCCGCUAGCACAAGCCAAGAUGAGCAAGAAGCUGUUCAAGUUGACCAAGAAGGCGUCCAAGUCGCGUGGCCACGUCAAGCGUGGUGUCAAGGAGGUAGUCAAGGCUCUUCGAAAGGGCGAGAAGGGGUUGGUGGUACUCGCUGGGGAUAUCUCGCCCAUCGACAUUCUGAGUCACAUCCCAGUGCUGUGCGAGGACACCAGCAACCCGUACAUCUUUGUAGCCAGCAAAGAGUCUCUCGGCGCCGCUAGCGCCACAAAGAGACCAACCAGCGUCGUCAUGAUCGUCCCCGGAGGCGGCAAAAAGGGCGCCGCUAAGGCCAACAACGCCGCAAACCCAAAGGAAGACUACAUGCAGGACUACACCACCCUCCACAAGCACGUCCAGGGUUUGAGCGACCAAGUUGCCAUGGCCGUCUGA